GGCAACCUCGCAAGUCAGGGACAGCGCAAGGCGUCCGAACCGGGACGUUAUAGAAGCCACCCUCUGCCGCAACACCAGCUUCUCUUUGUCCUCCUUCUACCAUUCAGUGUGCAGCUCUCUCUCAUUCUUCUCUUCUUCAAGAUACCCGUUCCUAGACAAACAUAACCUGGGAUCCAGACCUCGGCUUACCACAGACGACGGACGACGCGCGAAUCAUUUAACAAACCACCUCCCUCGAACCCGUCUUCAUUCCAAGCCGUUCUCCUCUGCAACAACUUUUUCCUUCAUUCCAUUAUCGACUUUGCUCGGCAUUUGCUUCUUUUCAGAUACAAUGGCGUCCAACACGGUAAUUGUUGUCGGUGGCGGUCUGGCGGGUCUUUCGGCGGCGCACUCCAUCUACCUCGCCGGUGGUAACGUCCACGUCCUCGACAAGCAGGGCUUUUUCGGUGGUAACUCCACCAAGGCCACCUCUGGCAUCAACGGUGCCCUCACCCGCACCCAGGUUGAUCUUGGGAUCCAGGACUCCGUGAAGCAGUUCUACGACGACACACUCAAGUCUGCCCGUGACAAGGCCAGACCCGACCUUAUCAAGGUCCUCACUUACAAGUCCGCUGCUGCCGUUGAGUGGCUCCAGGAUGUUUUCAACCUUGACCUCACACUCGUUUCCCGUCUUGGUGGUCACUCUCAGCCCCGUACCCACCGUGGUCACGAUGCCAAGUUUCCUGGCAUGGCCAUCACAUAUGCUCUGAUGCAGAGACUCGAGGAGCUCGCCGAGACCGAGCCCCACCGUGUCAAGAUCACCAAGAAGGCCCGCGUUGUUGACCUCAUCAAGGAGGGCAACGUCAUCAGCGGUGUCAAGGCUGAGCACGAGGGCCAGACCCUCACCAUCCACGGCCCCGUCGUCCUUGCUACUGGUGGUUAUGCCGCCGAUUUCGGUGAGGGCUCGCUCCUCCAGAAGCACAGACCCGACACCAUGGGUCUUGCCACCACCAACGGCUCCCACGCUACCGGUGAUGGUCAGAAGCUCGUCAUGAAGAUUGGUGGUAACGGCAUCGACAUGGACAAGGUUCAGGUCCACCCUACUGGUCUCGUCGACCCCAAGGACCCCGGCUCCAAGUGGAAGUUCUUGGCUGCUGAGGCUCUCCGUGGUGAGGGUGGUAUCCUUCUCAACGGUGAUGGUGACCGCUUCUGCGACGAGCUCGGCCACCGUGACUACGUCUCUGGCAUGAUCCACAAGGAGAAGGACAAGGGCAAGUACCCUGUCCGCCUUGUCCUCAACUCCAAGGCCUCCAAGGUCCUUGACUUCCACACUCGCCAUUACUCUGGCCGUGGUCUCAUGAAGAAGAUCACCGGCAAGGAGCUCGCCAAGGAGAUCGGCUGCACUCCCGAGCACCUCCAGAAGACCUUCCAGACCUACAACGCCAUUGCCGAGGGCAAGCAGAAGGAUCCCUGGGGCAAGAAGUUCUUCCACAACAUGCCCCUCGACAUCAAUGAUGACUUCCACGUCUCCCUGAUGGAGCCCGUUCUCCACUUCACCAUGGGUGGUAUCGAGAUCAACGACAAGGCCCAGGUUCUCAACAAGGAGGGCAAGCCCUUCGAGGGUCUCUUCGCCUGCGGUGAGCUUGCCGGUGGUGUCCACGGUGCCAACCGUCUUGGUGGUUCUUCCCUCCUUGGCUGCGUCGUCUACGGCCGUGUUGCCGGUGACUCUGCUGCCAACUACCACUUCCAGCAGGCUCUCAAGGGCAAUGUUGGCGCUGCCCGUCUCGGCCAGAUCGCCCUCCACAUCGAUCCUUCCACUCCCGGCAAGAUCUCGGUCCAGUGGGGUGGUGAGCAGGCUGCUCUCCCUGCUCCCGGUGCUCAGACUGGUGCCCCUGCCGAGAAGGCUGCUGCUGCCCCCGCCAAGGCCGACCCCAAGGCUUUCACCAUCCCCGACAAGGAGUUCACUCUUGAGGAGGUUGCCAAGCACAACAAGAAGGAGGAUCUCUGGGUUGUUGUCAAGGGUGUCGUCAUGGACCUCACCAACUGGCUCGAUGACCACCCCGGUGGUCCCCAGGCUAUCCUCAACUUCAUGGGCCGCGAUGCCACCGAGGAGUUCGAGAUGCUCCACGACGACGAGGUCAUUCCCAAGUACGCUCCUGGCCAAGUGAUCGGCAGAGUCAAGGGCCAGAAGGUCACUCUUGAGACCUAA